ACCUAUUUCUUCUUGUUCUCUUUUCUCAAGAGAACUUGAGAAAUUGAACCCAACUAUUGGGUUUCAUUGAAGCCUCAAACUUAGUAGAUCUUAUCAAAUCAAAUUAACCCUUCAAUAAACAAUAUCAAUCAAACGCUAAUCAAAUUCCAACAAAAAUACAAUCAAAUUGUAAAUCAACUAUCAAAUUUAUUAACAACUGGGAAUGAAAAUCGAAAGAAGAAUGAAAAAACAUGAAUCCAGUAUCGAAACAGCAAGGCUUGGUUCAUUGGAACCCAACUGGGUCUUGUCGAACCAAGCAGCUGGGUUCGGGGAAACCCAGCCUGUUGGGUCUCGUCGGAACCCAGCCUGCAUGGUCUCGUCGAAACCUACCCUUGUUGGGUUCAAGGAGACCCAGCCAGGCUGGGUUCGUCGCAGCCAUUAGAAUCCAGCCUGGUGGAGACCCAGGGUCUGCUGCAUUGAAGUACCUCCUCUCACAGACAUUGCAAACUUGUCUUGCUGCAUGGUGAAUAAUCUUUUGGUGAUCAAUUAGUGCUUUCAAGCUUUUCAAAGAAGGUCGUUGUUGUGGUUGUCGAUGAGUGCAAAGAUAACAAAGGAAAGGGGGUGGUGGUGGUGGUUCUUGUUGGUUAUUCAUGAUGGAAAAAUAUAAAAGAAAUUAAUGCUG